AUGGACGGGGAGAACAAAGGGAGCAUAACCUAUGAAGAUUUUAUGUUUGACCCGGCGAAAUUCUCGUUGGAAGACUCGAUUACACUAAAGGCCAUAUGUGUGGCCCGGCUAGGUAACACGGGCUUCCAACGGCUACGUGAGGGGUCUGAUGACGAAUGGCGCAUAAUUGUGGGUAUUGCCGAAGAGCAUAUAGUCUGUCGCCGGAUGCCAGACUUUCUACGAUCGGUUCUGGACAGCAAGGAACGUCUUCGGCUGUACAGUACCGUUCAGGCGCAGGUGGAGGGUCAAUUAGUUCUCCAUAUCAGCGGUGGGCGUGACAUUCCUCUAAGUCGUCAGACAACGAAGGCCAUCACGGAGAAGAUUCUGGAAUCAGCCGAGCUGUUGAGGGUCAGUUUGCCCGAUCUCCAUCGCCUGCUGGGAUCAACGAAAACGAUCAGUUACAAUCGAUCAACCCGGUCGAUUCACUUUUUCUUUUUUUCGCGGGACAAGGCAAAGAAGCUCCAGGACGUUCAAGUGCCUUUUCAAGGUCGAGUUUAUACGCUGGAGAACGCCCAUCAGCCGGUAAGGGGAUCGGUAUGGCUGAACCAGCGGGGUCCAGAUGGUCGGUCGGGGUACCCAAGAUCCGCUUAUACGAUUAUCCUCUAUAAUCUUACCAGAUUCGACGACAUUGGACGCAUAGCAGCUUACUUGCGCUCGAAGAUUCAAACAGAAUUUGAGCUGGAGGACAUGGACACAUGCACACCAAAUUCAAGAACAUCAACAGCGUGGAAGGUAACCUUUCAUCUAGCGGGCUGCCCGAAAUUCCUUCAGGGUAUAGUACGAUUACUUUGGUUUGGAACACCAAUUAUCAUCAGGCAUCCAGAUGUGGGCCGUCGCCUCCAAUGUCUGCAGUGUGGAACUUUGGGACACCCGGCGGGCAGAUGUCAAUUCACAGAUGCGCAAUUACGCGGGCCGGGUGGCGUAGAAGUUAUCGAAGCAGAUCUUCAAGCUCUUGAAGACCUCGCCAAGCCUUUUAGCAGUCCAGACGAAAUGAGGCAGAUGGCAAUGAGACGUCUACAAGUCCAACAAUCGGAGGAUGCGGCAGCGCAGGCUGCAGUGACGCCGGUGGCAUUGACAGUUGCCCCCAGUCCGUCGCCAGUGGCAGAACCCCCUAGAACUGGCAUACCUCUCCAACCGGUAUAUACUCCACCAGGCACGCACGAGGGGCCACCACCACCGGCCCCAAAAUGCCGACCAGCGCAACCAUGGCUGACCCGGCCUGUACGGGGAGGGAGGAGGAUAUGGUCACCCCUGCAGGCCUCGAAAGGCGAUCUCAAGGUUAGCAGCGGUAGUUAUCACGUGCUCCAAGAGGACGAGCUGGAUGAGACCGAAACGUCCUCGAAUUCUGUUAAUAGCGAUACCCAUGAUCUGCCAAGGCAAGCAUCAAGUAAGAUGACGGAUCGGGAUGCGUCUUCCAAGAACGGACCACCCACGUUGACACCUGAGGAUCUAGCACGACAAACAGCAGCCGCCAGGAGAGGACAGGUGUCUGUUGUUGCGGGCCCAACGCUUUUGGCCAAUAAACGCCGGGAGCGUUCAACAUGUGAGCGGCUAAUUAAACAGUUGUCACCAGGGACAAGUCACGAGAUCCCCAUGGAACCAAUGCCUCAUGCUGAACCCAUGCAUGUGACAGAUUUGGUACAGAUUUUGGGGCUCCGUGAAGUCGCCACACCGGCCACGGGCAAUUGUUUGGCGAUAGCCAUAGCUCAAGAUCUCGCAGAAUCUGCUUUGGACAACCCUACCAAGGACCUUGAGAUUUUAACGGCUAGUAUUAAACGGGGAAUCUCCAACGCCGGACUACUAAAUUUGGAGGAUCAAAUGGCUCAUGACGUACGGGUUCAUGCUUUAAAGAACGUUGGCAGAGGUUGGACGACGAUGACCAGGGGGGAGUCUGCGUCCCAACUACGGUGGUUUUUGCAUGACUAUGCAGCCUCCCCUUCCAACAGAGAAGCCCUGGUUGAGGAGUAUAGCUGGGGUGGAAGUGACACUCUUGGAAUGGCAGCCAAUUUUUUGCAUCGCACUAUCUAUGUGUUGAACUGUGGCCGCGGAACGGGUAACUGGAGUGGUCGCAAGUAUUGUCCUACUACGAUCAUCAGACACGGUCGAGUAGUGGAAACUGCCAAAGAAUUUCCACUCACUCUCUUGGCGUGUAUAGACGAGCUGCAAGCGGCAAAAAUAGAGGCGCCUCGCGCUCCACCACUGGUGCUUAGAUUCUGGGGCCGGCAUUAUUCGGCUUUUCUGCACACUGCCAGGGCGGCAGAUCGGCUCAGCCUAACUGACGUCUCGGACGGAACAGGCUCAGCGCUGCAGCAAGGUCAGGACUCGCAAAUUGUGGAUACUUUAGCUGUGCAGCUAGAAGAGAAGCCUCCCAUAUUUUAUCUUCUAUCAGGGAUCAUCUGUCGGUUGUGGAUGACAACACUUCGAUAA